GCUUCAACGGCUUGCUGAAUUGGCUGGCCCGCUUCCAAGAACAGGAGGCCUUGGACUCUGCUCAGGCUCAUUGGUUAUAUUUACAACAGACAGAAAAUGGGUGCUGCCCGCCAGGGCCUCUCCCUGGGCAUAGAAGAGUACCAGCUUCCCCGUGGUUACCUGGAGCGGUUCUUCAACGAUGGAGUGGGACCAGGCCCCAGCCGUCUCGCAGAGGCUCUGAGGGUCCUUCCAGACUGGACCCUGCUGCCGUUGAUGAAAGGUGCUCUUCCCUCCUGCAUGGUGGACGUGCUGCUGCUGAGGAGGGUGAUGCACAGUGUUCAGGUGGAAGAUCCCCGCUUGCCCAGUGGGAACAACACUUCACGGCCCAUACGCCAGGUACUCUAUGGGCUGCUGCUGGGUGGGAGGAGGCCAGACCACAGCAGUCAGAGACCCCCAGUGGAUGACGUGGAGGAGUAUUACAGGGAAGGCAAUAACCUGACCAGCAGCAUGGUUGAAGCCAUCCUGCCCAGUGCUGCAGAACAGCUGCAGCUAGACACUCUGGAUCGGGCUCCAAGGUCAGUGCAGCUUGAGGUGUUUUUGGAGACCCUUGGUGUGUCCCAGUCCACUCUGAGCGGUGUCCCGCCUCAUUUGCGUCUUCCUGUGGCUGUCACCUGCUACUGGUUGAGGCACGCCCAUCCUCGACCAGAACUGCCUCUCCUGCAGGCCCUGCUAUUAGGAUUGGUGUACGGAGAGCUCUGCAGACAGAGGAAGAGCCAAAGAGGUAUGACCCAGAGCAUGAAUGAGAAAACACACAAUUUAGAAUUUAGAAAUAUUGAAGGGUUUGAAGUGCAGCCACUGACUCCUCCCUUUUUUGUGUAACAGGGUUUAUGGAGGGACCAGUGUUGGAGAGGCUGAGAGGGCUGAUUCAGAGAGGUGCAAGGAGCCUAGACCUGGGUGUAGCCCACGCCUACAGCCAAUGGCAGUGCUGCCUGAGAGAAAGUCUUGACCUGAACCAACUGCUGUACCUCCCUCUAGCCGAGCCUCAGUGUGCCUGGUAAGGUGUCCCUUCCUAAAUCAACCCUUGCCCCUAAACCUAGACCAGUGGUAUUCAUUGACAUUUUAUUCGAGCCUAGCAGCAACAUAACUAAUUAAACCAUAUUUUGUUUCCCUGGUGGUGUCUAGGCUGUACAAGGGCACUCUGGUGCACCAGCUUGUGACCAAACUGAGAGGGGGGUUAACCCCAGAUUCUCUCCUGAUGUUAGGCCCUUGCUCUGGGCAGCUGUAUAGGGCCAUGCUGGGAGCCAUACUCAACUCCCAUGAUGCUCAUGAGGCUGCUGUCAUCCCCUUGGUGUCUGGGACGCGGCGGGCCACACCUCCAUCCUUGUCACAGCCACUGGACGACCUGACGUCCCGUCUACUCAUUCUGGCUCUAGAAGAAGAUGAUGAUGAUGGUGCUGCAGGAGGGAGGAAGGCCAUGCCAGAGGACGAUCUGGAUUGGACGUUGGUCACAGUGCAGACCCGCCACAAGAAAAAGGACAGAUUCAACAGAGCUCGGAAUCCAGAAUUCUCCCGGAAGCAGGGGCGGAUCGGCUGGGAAUAGGGAGGGGUCACUAUAUAACUGUUUAGUUCUAGAGACGCUCUGCUCAACUCUUUCAUAUUUUUAUUGUUCUUAUUUUUUUUACCUUUUAUGACUUAAUUGACAUUGUUUUUAGCAUGAACUAUGUAGAUUCUAUUAAUGAUGAGAUGGAAAAGCUUUUAAUAUAUAUAUAUAAAUAUCAAAAGUUAUGAUCAGUUUGACUGUUUUUUUCUUUGCUCUUUACUGUACUGUCUUUUGGUCUUUGAAGAUAGCUAUAUAAAUCCCAUCUAUUCUUACUAUUAUAUUACUGCUGCACUGCUGCUCAGGUUCAAGUCCGGGCCCUGGCUGGGCCACUCAAGGACAUU